AUGGAACAAAACCUUAAGUCAAUCAUAUUUUUUAAAAUUUGCGUCUUUGUUCUUUUAACGUGGAUAUGUUAUCAUAACAGUGAUAUGAUAACUUCUAACAAACCUCUGAAGGAAAAAUGCAAAUUUCAUAAAAAAAUAAAUACAAGAAAUUAUCGAUUAUUAGCAAAACAUAAACAUGAUAAUGAUUCAUUAAUUACAGGGCUAAAAGAAAAUGUACCAAAUAAUAAAGUUCCUAAAAGAAAAGAUAUAUCACAUAACGAAAAUAUAAGGACAGAAAAAAAGGAAUUAUUAAAUAGAUGUUCUUCAAGUAGUACAGUUGUCGAUAAAAAAGCUAUUAAAAAUAAAUCUCGUAUAUUUGAAACAAAAAAAUAUUCCCAUUUGGAAAAAAAAAUAUUUAAAGAACUAGAUUACGAGAAUUUCCUUAAAAACAACAGAUCAAUUAGUGAUAAGACUUACAAAAAUAUAAUCAUAAAAAAAUAUGGUUUGCGAUUAGCUCUUCCUGUAUUAUUGUUCUUAAUUUUAUUUAUAGUAUUCAUAAUAAAUUUUUCACUGGGUUUCUCUACUGCUAAAGUUUCAUGGGAUAGUGGUUUAUUUGGGUUAUCGGAUUAUAUAAAAAACUUCGAAGUUGGUGAAGAUUUGCUAUCAAAAGUUUUAAACUGGUUGAAGGAAAAAUCACCAUGGUUAUGGAAGCACUAUGUUGUUGGGACACGGACUGAUGUAUGUGAUUUGUGUAAUGUUGCAACUAACAAUCUGGAUGUAAAAUGCAUAUUAGGACAGUUAUUUGGAUAUAUAUUCUAUUUCGUCCCAUUCAUUAUAUUAGGUGUCACAUUUAUAUCAUGGAUUAUUUAUUACCAUAAAAAAGUUAAAAAAUAUCAAAAAAUUAAAUUAAGGAAAAGAUAA